AUCAAUACUGAUUUUAUUAUGUCUAAAGUCGUAUAUUGAAUUUACGCGCUUUUUUACAAGCAGAAAGUCUAGUUCCGGCUUGAUGCGUACUAGUAGUGCGGAGAUGUCGCGCUUUGAGUAGCCGCGAAAUUCGAAAUAUGCAGUUUUAUAAAGAAAAAUUACUCUCACCUGGACAAUUGAAGCGAUUAAGUGAGCACAAAUAUAGUUGCACAACUAAUAGUCUUUUGGAUGCAUUUCUUCAACCCUGGUGGGACUGGCUUGUCAGCAAGGUUCCACUUUGGCUUGCACCGAAUUUAAUUACUAUAUUGGGUCUAAUUGUCAAUAUUGUUACUACAUUAAUAUUAGUGUAUUAUAGCCCCGAUGCAAAAGUUGAGGCACCUAGAUGGGCAUGUUUUUUAUGUGCGUUGGGUUUAUUUAUUUACCAAAGUUUGGAUGCUAUUGAUGGCAAACAGGCUAGAAGAACUGGUACGUCUACACCAUUGGGAGAAUUAUUUGAUCAUGGAUGUGAUUCAAUAUCCACAGUAUUCGUAGCAUUAUCCGCAUGUAUAGCUGUACAGUUGGGAUAUUAUCCAACAUGGAUGUUCUUCCAAUGUUUUUGCGCAAUGACUUUAUUUUAUUGCGCGCAUUGGCAAACUUAUGUCUCAGGAUCUUUAAGAUUUGGAAAAGUGGAUGUAACAGAAGCUCAGUUCACCAUCAUAGGAAUACAUCUUGUUUCUGCUAUUUUUGGACCUAAGAUUUGGAUGAUGGAGAUACCAUACAUUGAUGGUUUUCUGUUGAAAUAUUUAAUAGGAGUUAUGACAGUGGUGUGUGCUCUGGCAAACUUAUAUUCCAUAUUUUCGGUGAUUUUCACCGGAGGAGUGGGCAAGAAUGGUUCGACUGUGGCUAUCCCUAUGCUCGGUCUGGGCACACUCAGUUGUUACGUGGCAGCGAUAUUUUACGCGGGCUACGCGCACGUCUUUCUUCAAUUUUGUAAAGUCUUUGAAUCCGGUGGAAUUGGAAAGAACGGUUCGACAAUUGCAUUGCCAUAUACUGGCACAGAGGUCAAGAUCUUUCCAUUAUGGAUCGCCGUGGGCAUCGCUAUUUUACUUGCACAAAGCAGUAUAUCCGUCAUUCUUGCCGGUGGUGUCGGAAAAAAUGGCUCCACCGUCGCAGGAACAUCGGUUCUGUCGCCGAUCAUCCCAUUUAGUUUCGUGGUAGUUCCAGCUUUCAUAAUUUAUAGGAAAAGUACUGAACACGUAUACGAAAAUCAUCCCGCGUUGUAUAUACUUGCAUUUGGGAUGGUUGCAGCAAAAGUUACCAAUCGAUUAGUGGUCGCUCAUAUGACGAAAAACGAAAUGCAAUAUUUAGAUAGUUCCUUAAUCGGUCCAGCCAUGCUGUUUCUUAACCAAUAUUUCAACUUUUUUAUCAAAGAGUACUACGUUCUCUGGUUGUGCUUCAUUUGGGUCACGUUGGACCUUCUGCGAUAUAGUGCUCAAGUCUGCCUUGAAAUUUGUGAUCAUAUGAAGAUAAAGCUAUUCAGAAUACCGGUGGGGGAUCAUCGCACUAUCGGCCCUCAGCUUAACGUCGCCGAAAAAAAUGUUCACAUGGUCAUCGAACAGGAGCCGCUGUUAAACGAGGAUUAUCAUCAUGGCUCUGAUACCGCCCUCGACAUCUGACGUUUACCAUAGCGUAUGGUAACAUCGAUUGUACCAAUAUAUUAAACAUAUUCUAUUUACGAAUUGUAUAAAAAAGAAUCUACACGCAAGGAGUUCUUUACUUAAUUAUAAUAUUUGGAUGUAAAAGUCGGAUGUACAGUAUUUUUUACUAGCGUUGAAGAAUUGAAAAAAAAAAGGUUUUUGUAUACUACAAAUCGUAUGAAGGAACGUUCUUAUACGUUUCCUAAAGUUAUUUAUUUAUUUCUAUUCUUAUCAGUAGACGUUGAGAAUUUUUCAUUGCAAGUAUAUUUCCGUUUUAUCAAUUGAUUAUUUGUAAAGAAAUUAGGCAAAAAAAUGAUUGUAAUUUUUCUUUUCAGUUUUGAAGCAUCAUUCUUUUAGGUUUCUUUCUAUUUUUAUUUAAACGAUCGUAUCUUUAAGAAAUUGUCUAUGUAUCAACAUGACAACGAUAUGCAGCCCGUUGCUUCGAUAAGGUCUCAUUAAUAAUAAACAUAUAUAUAUAUAUAUAUAUAUAUAUAUAUAUGUCUAUGAAAAGACUCGGGCUAAAAUUAUUGUAUUGACUUAUAUACAUACAACAUACAUAUUUAUGCACGCUAAAAGUGAAAAAGUUAAGUAAAAUUAAUUAAGAUGAAACAUUGUAUAAUCGUUGCGACGAUGUAAAUUCGUAUAUUCAAUUAUGCAUCUCUAUAACUACGAUCACAAAUGUAACCAAACGUAAGGAUUUCAGAAAUUCGUCGUUUGGAAAUUGCGUUGUGCUAAAAAAGAAAACAGAAAAAUAAAACAAAACAAAAAGUAUAGGUAAAAAAGAAAAAAGAAAAAAAAAAGAAAAGUUGUAAACUUUUCACCGUCCACUGAUAAAUUUAUCACAGAGCCGGAAUGUAAAUGGUAAAAGUAAUAAUAAUAUAUGAGAUCCUCAAA